AUCGACAGCCAGGCCAGCCUGAGCGGGCCGCUGGCGGGCGGCGCGGCGGGCGCGGGGGCCCGCGACGUGGGCGACGGCAGCAGCACGUCCAGCGCGGGCAGCGGAGGCAGCCCGGACCACCACCACCACGUCCCGCCCCCGCUGCUGCCCCCCGGGCCGCACAAGGCUCCCGACUGCAAGGCAGUAGCCACGCGCAGGUCCCUGGACGACCUGUCCGCACCACCGCACCACCGAAGCAUCCCCAACGGCCUGCACGAUCCCUCGUCCACCUACAUCAGGCAGCUGGAGACCAAGGCCCUCGCACAGCCGCCCCGCCCCUGCGGCCGCCCGAGAAGCUGGUUUCAGCAGGCAGGCUCUGGAGAGUUCCGGACUCUGCGGAAGGGCUUCUCCCCGUACCACUCGGAAUCCCAGCUGGCGAGCCUGCCGCCUUCCUACCAGGACUCCCUGCAGAACGGCCCAGCCUGCCCGGUCCCCGAGCUGUCCUCGCCCCCCUCCGCCGGCUACAGCUCCGCGGGACAGAAGCCAGAGGCUGUCGUGCACGCGAUGAAGGUCCUGGAAGUGCACGAGAACCUGGACCGGCGGCUCCAGGACGGCUGUGAGGAAGGCCUGAGCGAGAAGGAGAAGGCCAUCGUCCGCGAGAUGUGCAACGUGGUCUGGAGAAAACUGGGGGAUGCGGCCAGCUCCAAGCCCUCCAUCCGGCAACACCUGUCUGGGAACCAGUUCAAGGGACCCUUGUAGGGCUGCUCCCCCGUGGAUGUGGACUAGCCCUGCGGGGUGUCCUGGGGAGCCGCAGGCCCCCGUCUUCUUUUUCUGUGGCGAAUUGUACAUAGGACGCUGCCCGCCGUGACCCGGCUGCCGUGGGUCCAGCACACGGACGGCCGGGCCCCCACCUCCCUCCUCACACACCAGCAAACCGGGAAGACGCGAGGCUGCCGGCCGUUCUGUGCAGCAGGGUGGCCUGGACAGCCUCGUCCCUGCGCUGGGGCCCCAUUGGCGAGGGGCCGAAGGCCGGCCUUGGCGGAGGGGCGCCUCGUCAAGCCUUCCACCCACGCCAGACAGAGGCCCCCGGUGGCUGGACCUAACGCGGGGGGCCCCACUCCUCACCCAUCUGCUGUGGCCUGAACGCCAGCCCGCUGAGCACUGGGUCCCGAGUCCCCGACCAGGAAGCUCCGUGUCUGUGGCUGGAGGCUCCGAGGCCCUUCGUCUGGCACCCCCCCUCAUGCGCAGCUCCCUGCUGCACGCUGCUGCUCGGUUUCAGGGUUCAGGCCCCCAGCCCCACACACACACACACACAGUCCCCCAACCCCGCGCCGGGUCGUGCCCUCUCUGGGUCCCUCCUGCCUGGUGCCCGAGGCAUCUGCACUCCUGUGCUUCACAUGAUGGGCCAGGGAGGUGGGAGGCCACGUGGAGAGUCUCUGGUUGAGCCCCCCGCCCCGCUCUCUCCAGAUGGGUGGCGCUGGGCCGGGCUGGGCCUCUGGUAUCCCCCAGAGCCUGGCCCCCAGCCAGAGUCACUGUCGACGGAGCUGCGCGGGCGGCCGAGGGGAGAGUUCUGCCCUCUGUAGAAGGAAGGAGCCUGACCUGGCUCUGGCUUUAAUUUGCUGCGUGACCUUCAGCAAGUCAAUCAGCUUCUCUGGGCCCCCGGUGGGAAAACGAGGUCUCAGGUUCUUUCGGCCGUGCUCACCACCCAAGGCCACCAGCUUUAUUCAGCCGGUGCCCUCAGUCGCGGCCUGCGAGCCCAUGGGGCCCGCCUGCCGCAGAGGCCGCUGCUGGCUGGGCUGGGCUGGGCUGGGCUGGGCUGGUCGGAGCCGGGGACCGAGCUGAGUUCUGCCUUGCUGCCUGCUCACAGGUGCUGUCCCCUCCCCUCUCUGAGCCUCAGUGUCCUCUGCCGGAGAAGGGACAGCAUCGGGCCCUCCAUGCAGGGCUCGACAUCAGACAGAGCUUCAGUGUGAAUGACCCCAUGCCGGCCGUAGAGCGCGAUACAGAAACGUGGAGGUUGGUGAGGAAAGCGAGGCCCAGAGGGUGAGCGAGCUGUGGCACGUUCCAGACGAGACCCCAGAUGCUGGGAGGUGGGACAGGCCGCCGCGAAUGCUGUCGGCACGGGCCCUGGUGUCCACUGGGCACCUGGCCGCCCACCCCUCACGUCGCCUUCACUCGGCGGCGGUGCUCAGCAGGGCGCCCGCCAGCACUUGAGCCCGGGAGGCCGUCUCUGCAGUAGGUGGGCCUCGUCCAGGCCCCCGUGAGGCACGGGGACAGGGCCAGUGGAUGGGGAGGCCGCCCUGUUCCUGUCCCCAGCGGGGACUCUGCGUUGGCCUGUUGGUCAUUGUGCCCUUGGGUCGUACGCUCUCAGGGGAAAGGCUCGCGGCCCUCGUUGUGCCCAGGGAGGGCUAAGUGGGUGCUGGUGACAGCCACAGGCAUUUUCCUCUUGCCCUGGGGGGUUACAGGGAGCUCUGGGCUCCUCCUGGAGGGAUCUUGCCUGUCACCAGGGGUUAGGUGUUUGGAGCUGGGGGGGGGAUACCCUUGGUCAUGGCACCGGGCAAUCCCUGCCCUUGUGGGCAGUGAGCUGGGGGGCAGAGGCCCCUUCUGGAUCUUGGGAGUCCAAAGAACCACGGAGCAGCCCGGGGGGAGGGGGGAGGGGUCCAUUUUGGGUGGAAGCCACAGCUGGGAGCCCAUUUUUCAUGUUUGGAUCAGGUUGGCUCGGCCACCACUGAAAAUAAGCAAUAAGUAAGGGCUCCCGGUAGCUGCACGUCUGCAGACCGACCCAGGGAAGAACCGCCUCGGAGGGGCCUCCCCCCCCCCCCCCCCCCACGUGCUGCCGUGGCAUCCAGGGGUCAGGCGGAGCGGAGCGUUUCUGCCCGAGCCCUCCUGUGUGCCACGGAGGCCGUGGAAGCCAGGUGCGGGCAUCUCCUUCCCACCGCUGCUCGCGGUCCUGAGCCAACAGUGCACGGGGAUGGCUUUCAAGGACAGAACCGUGUCUGUGACAGUCACCUAAUGUGAUAAGCUGUUUAAAAGCCAGCAGCACCUCCGUCUGAGCCCACACCCUAGGUGGUGGGCAGGUUCAGUGGGAGCCCACAGGCUGGGGAGGGUCAGAGUAGCCUCAGCCCUGCCACCAACCCGGGGUGUGUCGGGUGACGUGGGGGGCCCCCUCCUCCCCUCCGGAGCCUUCGCUGUAGCAGCUCAUGGUGGGGGUAGGGGUGUUGCUGAGCUCGGGUGGCCUUUCAUAAAGGUCGCUUUACGUUUCACUCUGAGUCUACAUCUUGAAGCCCAGUGUGGCAUCUGUCCUGUGGCUUCAGUUCCCACUGUGAUGGAGGUCACCCUUCCAGCCUCACCCCAGGUGGCCUCGCCCAUCCUGGGAGCAGAAUCUGCUGAGCACAUUUUUUAGGGUGGCACAUUUUUAUCCAAAAGUUAUUAGCUACACAUCAGUGUUUAAAGAGAAAAAAGUGACCUUUCAUUUUCUUUUUCUUGAAAACUUGAGAGGAAACAAAAUACAUACUACUGAUUUUUUUUUUUUUUUUUUUUUUUUUUUAAAGAAACAAGCUGAGCGCAUGACUGCAGAGCGGUAGAGGUGUAUAUUUUUCAUACCGUGGGGGGAAGUAUUUGUGCUGCUUUCUGGAAUCGGGCUGGAACGUCUGGUUCCUGUCCCUGGGCCGUCAGCCAUGCUCUAUUUUCUGUAGUAUGUGACCGCCGUGAGAAACCGGGCCAGCCCUUGGCCUGGCUCCAGGCGGAGCUGGGAGCUGGAGACCCCUGUGCCCGUUUCUACCUUCCACUGAACCACUUUGAUUUGGAGAGAAAAAAGAAAUAGAACUUUUGAUAGUGUGGUAAAAACAUUGAUUUGAACUAUUUUAGUAAAAGGAGUAACAGAAGAUUGUGAUAGUGUCUACUUUGCGCUAGAUAAAUAAAGGCUCUUUGCAAGCCUCCA